AUGUCAACUGUCAAUGUCUCUGAUAUUGAGAUAUCCACCUUCUUCUUGAUUGGAAUCCCAGGUCUUGAGCAAUUCCAUAUCUGGAUCUCUAUUCCUAUAUGUCUCAUGUACCUAGUUGCCAUCCUAGGAAACUGCACCAUCCUCUUCAUCAUCAAGACAGAGCCUUCACUCCAUGAGCCCAUGUACUAUUUCCUCUCUAUGUUGGCUGUAUCUGACCUGGGCCUGUCCCUCUCCUCCCUGCCCACUAUGCUAAGGAUCUUCUUAUUCAAUGUCCCAGGAAUCUCACCUGAUGCCUGCUUUGCCCAAGAGUUCUUCAUUCAUGGCUUCACUGAUAUGGAAUCAUCAGUCCUUUUGAUCAUGUCUUUUGAUCGUUUUCUAGCCAUCUGGAACCCACUGAGAUACAGCUCUAUCCUAACUGGAGCCAGAGUCUCUAAAAUGGGACUGGUUUUCGUCAUUAAGAGCAUGCUUUUGGUGCUCCCGUUUCCUUUUACUUUAAAGAGGUUGAGCUAUUGUCACAAAAACCUCUUGUCCCACUCCUACUGUCUCCAUCAGGAUGUCAUGAAGCUGGCAUGCUCUGACAACAGGGUGAAUGUUGUCUAUGGAUUCUUUGUUGCACUCUGUACCAUGAUGGACCUAGCAUGCAUUGCUUUGUCCUAUUUGCUAAUCCUAAAGACAGUUCUUGGUAUUGCCUCUCUCUCAGAGAGAUUCAAGGCUUUCAACACCUGUGUCUCUCACAUCUGUGCUGUGCUUAUCUUCUAUGUGCCCAUUAUCACCCUAGCUGCUAUGCAUCGCUUUGCCAAGCACAAAUCUCCUCUCAUAGUGAUUCUCAUUGCCAACAUUUUCCUGCUGGUGCCACCCGUGAUGAACCCCAUCGUGUACUGUGUGAAGACUCGGCAGAUCCGGGAAAAGAUCCUCGGGAAACUGCUUUCCAUAUGUAGCAGAUGA